AUGACUAACUCUAGAAAAUUGGGAUCCACACGCAGUCAGCAACUCCUAGAGAUAAUUCACACUGACAUUUGUGGUCCUUUUCCAGUUGAAACUCUAGAAGGACAUAGGUACUUCAUCACUUUCAUUGAUGAUUUCUCUAGAUUCUGCUAUCUCCACCUAAUCCAGACCAAAUCUAGUGCCUUUGAAGUUUUUAAAAUAUUUAAAACUGAGGUUGAAAACCAACUUGAGUUAAAGAUUAAAGUGUUAAGAUCUGAUAGGGGAGGAGAAUACUAUGGCAAGUAUGAUGAGCAAGGCAGACAUCCAUCACCAUUGGCUCGAUAUAUUCAAGAUUGUGGGAUAGUUGCUCAAUACACAAACCUGGAACUCCUCAAGAGAAUGGAGUGUCAGAAAGAAGGAAUAGAACCUUGA